AUGGACACAAAUAAAUAUUAUCACAAUCAAGAACAGCAACAGAAUAAAAGUUUGGACCUAAGAUAUGUAAGUAUGAAACCUGACCAAGAUGGUGGUAACCCAACCCAGGGAGGUGACAACUCCAACCCUGGGGAUAGUAACAUUAAUCCAAAGAGUAGUAACCUAACCCAAGGAAUGUUAAUCUAA